UGGGUCCUCGGCGUCGUCUUCGGGCUCUCCCUCGUCUACUUCCUCAGCAGCACCUUCAAGCAGGAAGAGAGGACAGUGAGAGAUCGGAAUCUCCUCCAAGUGCAAGAGCACGAGCAGCCGAUCGUGUGGAAGGUGAAGUUCAGUUCAGGAAACAGCAGUCAGCUGAGUAACCAGUGCAGGAAUUCUGUGCAGGGGAAGCUCCUCAUUACAGACGAACUGGGCUACAUCUGUGAGAGGAAAGAUCUGCUGGUAAAUGGCUGUUGUAAUGUCAACGUGCCCAGUACGAAGUUGUACAGCUGUGACAGCUGCCUUCCCAACGGCUGCUGCAGCGUGUACGAGUACUGCGUUUCCUGCUGCCUGCAGCCCAGCAAGCAACAUCUUCUGGAACGUUUCUUGAACCGGGCAGCUAUUGCCUUCCAAAACCUCUUCAUGGCAGUGGAAGAUCGCUUUGAGUUGUGUCUGGCGAAAUGCAGGACUUCAUCACAGAGCGUGCAGCAUGAAAACACCUAUAGAGAUCCAAUUGCAAAAUACUGCUAUGGCGAGUACCCCCCAGAGCUUCUGCCUGUUUGAAAGCUGCGUGAUCUGAGCAACAAGGGGAACGAACUGGAGACUAGAAUCCCAAAGAGCAAGACAACAGCUGUUGCUUUGCAGAAGUGUGUAAAUGGCUGAUGCUGUUUCUGGGGACAAACCCAGAGGUGCACAGUGUAAGCGAGGGACUUAAGUUCUCCGGAUUGAAUCUUGCUUUCUUCAGUUUGGUAUGCACCUACUCGAGAGUACUGG